AUGAAUUCCCCGUCUCCCGAAUAUUUCGACUACAGAAGUUGGCCAAACACCCUCGCGGCAUUCCUGAUGUCCAUUGUGAAUAGAAUGAAACUUGUCUAGAACUGUAAAUGACCGCGUCACUUUCAGAAUUGCUUCCUCGGUAUUUUGCUCGGCGGAGCCAUCCUGUACAUCUUCAUAAUUGACAGUCAACAGAGAACGACUUCUUUCAACCUGAUGUGUGCGAUUCGAGCUGUCAAUAACAUUGCCGUGCUCACAACUGGAUUCCUUCUCGUCUUCAUUCCCGGAGCUCUUCUGUAUCUUGCACAGAACUUGUAUUCUUGAUUCCACUCAAUUCCAGAGGUUUCUCUCUUUAUCCCGCCUGGCUGGAAUCUCUCCUCAUUGGCCUCAGUCUCAACUUUUAUAUCUUUAACGAAUUCCAAAGCAUUUACAUCUCAAUCAACCGUUUUAUCGCCGUUUUCUUCCCGACAAAGUACAAUAAGCUGUGUGGAAUCGGAGCCACUUUUCUAGUUCACUUCUUCCUCUACGCCGAUCGCUUUCAGAAUACUGCUUUCGAGACAUAUUACAGAAUUCGUAAGACGAUUCGCAAUUGACUAUUAUCGCUUUCAAGUUUCAGAGCUUCAGACGUUUGUCAGCUUCUCUGCUGAAUUCCUAAUGUUCGGCGGUACAGAAGUUUCCGCCGAUGGGAUGGUUCUCAAGUUCGCCUUCAUGUUCGGCGUGGCUCUUGUUGCCAACAUUUGCACGUUUGGAAAAAUCACUCAUUUUUACCUGGUAAGCCAAACUAUUGUGACCCGUAGGUGUCUUAAAAGCUUAUUCCAGCAGUUGAAGUAGCAGCCGAGGCAAUAAUUAUGCGCCUAAACUUUUCUUGAAAACAUUCCUACAUAUAAUCAGCACGUUUUGCAGAUAUUGGGCUCUCGACAUGACGUGGACAACUGGAGACGUGUCCGGAAAAACAUGAACAUCUUCUGCCAGACAGUCCUUCAGGAUGCUCUCUUUUUCGUCGACAACUUUUUCACAUUUCAGAUGAGGUUCCCCACAAUUAGCUCAAUCAACCGAAUGUGUUUAUUUCAGCGGACUCUCCGACCACCGCUUCUGGUUUUUCAUUUGCUGCUCUUUUGUUUGGCAGACUGUGCACGUAGUCGAUGGGUAAAUUACUCUGUUCGUGCACUCCAAUGAAGUCGGAUUUCAGUUUUGUCAUGAUUAUGUUCAACGAUAGGCUCAGUCUUCUCAGAAACGCUCUGUUCCCUUCGGAAGUCCUCGAAUCGAGUGUGGCCAAGCAGUUGCCGCUCAGGCCGACACUUCCAGAAGUUACAUGA